CAAAAAUAUAAAUAUAAUGAACAAUUACAUAAUAAUAGUAAAUUAAUAAUAAUCAGGUACAUUUUCAUUAUUAGCCGGUAACAACGACCUUGACUUGGCCAUACCUCGCUAUGUCCACCGCCGGCAGGAGAAAACCAAGUUGUUGCUGUUAAAGGAGUAAAAAUGCAAGAAGGUGCUGGCAGGAGCUGAAUGGGGCGGGUGGAGAGGUGUAUGGGUGAGGAGGGGGACGAGAGUAAGGGGGGAGGGAGGGAAGGUGAGAUGGUGAGGAGAGAGCAGCAGGAGGAGGAGGAGGAGGAAGAGGAGGAGGGGAAGAGAUAAGUGAUCUAAAGGGGAGACGAUAGGACAAAAAAGUGAUGAUGAUGAAUACAUUUUAAAGUUUUUUGGCCCCGGCAAGGGUGUCAGAUUGAAUGGCCUGUGCGCAUGUGCGAAGGUGUCCAAACUGACAAUGCUGGUGAGAUGAAGAUAGUGUUGUUGCUGCUUCUGGGCUCACGGAGGACGACGAGAGGAAUCUACAAGCCGACAAGAUGAGAUCCAAAGCGAGGGCGAGAAAACUGGCCAAAAAUGACAGUGAGCCAGUGGACAGCAUGUACGACACAGAGACUGACCUCCCAGGUUUAGCGGCCAGCAGCGGAGGUGGUGCAGACAGCCCAGAAGACGAUGCAGAAGACGGCGUCAUCAGCAUGUCCCCCCUGCCCUCACCGACCCCUUCCCAUCCGAACAGUAACCACCACCACCUGCUGCACCCCCACAUCUAUGCCACCCACCACCAUCACCACCUGCACAACAACAGUAACAGCAGCAGCAAUGACCAGGACUUCACCAUGCCUAAGGAGGGGUCGCCCUACGAGGCGCCUGUCUACAUUCCGGAUGACAUUCCCAUUCCCAGCGAACUGGAGUUGCGGGAGUCCUCUGUGCCUGGUGCCGGCCUUGGCGUAUGGGCCAAGACUCACAUCGGUGCUGGCGAGAGGUUUGGUCUGCAUAGCACACUGCAUCACGGGGCCACAGGCAAAGACAGCUCCUUUGGAUGGGAGCAGAUAAUGAAUGACCAUGAAGAGGCCUCUCCAGACAGCUGCAUCAAAAAGGUGGUGGACGACAUGGGCAAUGUCAAGUUUGCGCUGGACACAGGCCCGGAUGUGAACAGCAACAGCUGGCUCAAAUACAUCCGCUCUGCCCUGUCGUUUGAGGAGCAGAACCUUGCCGCCUGUCACCUCACUGGAGACCAGAUUUAUUAUAAAGCUGUCCGGGACAUUGAAGCAGGGGAGGAGCUUUUAGUGUAUAUGAAGGACGGUAUUUUUCCCGAGGGAUCCAUGGCACCUAACUUACAAGAUGAGCAGAUGUACCGCUGUGAAGGCUGCGAUGAGCUGUUCUCCUCAGCGCUGGAGCUACGGCGGCACCAGAAGUAUUCCUGCUCUAGUGCUGGCUCCAUCUUUGACACACUGAGAGAGGACUUCAAACAAGAACGUGAGGACAGUGAUGAGCCUGUCCAUGAGUGCAAAGACUGUGAGAAGAUCUUCCCAAAUGAGUACAGCUUGGGCCAACACAUGAUAGUCCACACAGAGGAGAGGGAAUACAAGUGUGACCAGUGCCCCAAAGCCUUCAACUGGAAGUCCAACCUCAUCCGUCACCAGAUGUCACAUGACAGUGGCAAGCGCUUUGAGUGUGAAAACUGUGAUAAGGUACAGCAUACCCGGCACGUGUUCACAGAUCCCAGCAACCUUCAGCGCCACAUCCGCUCCCAGCAUGUGGGGGCACGUGCUCACACAUGUCCUGAAUGUGGCAAGACCUUUGCCACUUCAUCAGGCCUCAAACAGCAUAAACACAUCCACAGCAGUGUCAAACCUUUUAUCUGCCCUGAUGGGCUGCGUCUUUUUGCUCCCCCAGGUGAGGUGUGCCACAAAUCCUACACCCAAUUCUCCAACCUCUGCCGCCACAAGCGUAUGCACGCUGACUGCCGCACUCAAAUCAAGUGUAAGGACUGUGGGCAGUUGUUCAGCACUACCUCCUCCCUCAACAAGCACCGCCGCUUCUGUGAGGGCAAAAACCAUUAUGGCUCUCCUGCAGGGAUGUUCAACCCUGGCAUUCCCAUGAGCUCCAGCCCCAUCAUGGCCAAGGCCAAGUCUCAUCAUCCCCACCUUCCAGGUCUAAACCAGUCAGGUUUAGGAUUCACUGACUUCUUUCCCUCCCGACCUCAUCCUCACGCUGGCUUGCCCUUCUCCCCAGGACCCCAUGGCUUCCCAUCACUCCCACAUGGCUUCCCAGGUAUCUUCCCCCCAUCACUGUAUCCACGACCACCUUUAUUGCCGGCCAGUUCGUUGAUAAAGAGCCCACUGGGUGGCAGCAGUCAGGAGGUGAAGCUGCCUCGGAGUCCCCUAGAUGCCCCUCCACUGUCCUUGGUUAGCUCCACAAACAGUAAUGGAGGCAACAGUUUGAGUCAAGAAGACAAAGAGAAAGAAAACAAACUGGAUUUGUCUUCUAGUGGAGAAGCCAAGCCAAAAUCUAAGAUUACAGACAUGUCUGACGGUAGUGACCUUGAAGAUGUUAAUACCACAAGCGGGACAGAUUUGGAUACCACCACUGGUACUGCUUCAGGUGAUGGUACUGACCUGGAGAGUGAUGGAGAGAGUGAACGUGAGCACAGUGGUAAAAGAAGGAAGCCAUCUGGGGCUAUAUCAAGUCAAGAGGGGCACCAGUUAGACGACACGAGCAGUGCAUUGAUAUCAGCCAUGUCUAGUUCGGGUAACCUUGCUAUUGAUCGUCCAUUUCUCUCUUCUGCAUCAUCUCACCACUCCUUCUUCCCUCCCCCUGAUGAGCAAGUCCUCCCACCCACCACAACAAAUGCUAAUGCAGCCACCACGGAUUCCAUCAAAGCCAUUGCCUCUAUUGCUGAGAAAUAUUUUGGUCCAGGUUUGAUUGGUCUUCAUCAGGAGAAGAAGAUGGGACCACUGCCAUACCAUUCCAUGUUUCCCUUCCAGUUUUUGCCCAACUUUCACAGCUCCCUCUAUCCCUUCAGUGCUGAUCAAGGUACCCUCAAUCCUAGCAUGUUCUUUAAGGCAGACCCCAAGUCACCUCGCGAGCAGCUGCACAAGAUUGUUUCUGGUGCCCCGGGAGCUCCUGCUCCCACAGCAGAGUCACCGUUUGAUCUCACCACAAAGCCCAAGGAGACCAAGUUAGCACCUCCCACCCCAACAAACCGCUCAAAAUCCAACAGUAGUACUGGGAGUAGUAGUGGACCUUUAGCAAUAUCUAGCAGUGAAGAACAGCCGUUGGACCUCAGCAUUGGCAGCCGGAGCCGAGGUGGUCAUAAUGGCGUGGCAACUGAACCACAGAAUCGAAAGAACCACAUCUAUGGAGUUGGAAAGGGGGUCUCCAUCAAAGACGAAACCCAAGCUGGCUUUCCACACCCACAUUCCCAGUCGUUGCACCAGUCCUCCAUCAUCCAGCACCAGCAGCCCCAGACACAGCCACACCAGCCACCACCCCUGCACUACGCCAAGCCCUCAGCAUUCUUUAUGGACCCCAUAUACAGCAGGGUGGAAAAGAGGAAGCUACUCGACCCUGUAGGAGCACUGAAGGAAAAGUUCCUCAGGCCCUCACCAGCACUCUUCCAUCAACAGAUGUCAGCCAUGGAGAACAUGACAGAAAAGCUGGAAAGCUUUGGCGCUCUAAAACUGGAUGCGCCGCCCAAUUCCCUGCAACAUUCAGCUCAUCCACUGUUCAACUUCCGCUCACCACCACCUUCACUCUCAGAUGCCAUCCUUCGCAAGGGCAAGGAGCGCUAUGCCUGCAGGUACUGUGGGAAAAUCUUCCCUCGUUCGGCAAACCUUACCAGACACUUGCGGACACACACAGGGGAGCAACCUUACAGGUGUAAAUACUGUGACCGCUCAUUCAGCAUCUCAUCCAAUCUUCAACGCCAUGUUCGCAACAUCCAUAACAAGGAGAAACCCUUCAAGUGUCACCUGUGCAACCGUUGCUUUGGACAGCAAACCAACCUUGACCGCCAUCUCAAGAAGCAUGAGCAUGAGAACAUUCCUGUGAGCCAACAGUCUGGGAUGCUGUCCAACCUAGGAACCACCAUCUCCUCGCCAAACUCCGAGCCAGACAAUCAUGCACUUUUAGACGAGAAGGAGGACUCGUACUUCUCAGAAAUCCGCAAUUUUAUUUCCAACAGUGAGAUGAACCAGGCCUCCAGCUCCACGGAUAAAAGAUCAGACCAGGCUGAGGAGGAGCACCCACCCAGUCACAGUUUGUCCAACUCCAAGCUAGGGCUCCAGGGGCUGGACGAAGAGGAAGAGGAAGUGGAGGGUGAUGAUGAGGAGGAGGAGGAAGGCAGCCUGACAGAAAAGUCUCACGAUGAGGCACCUGAGUCCCCGUCUCCCAUCACUACAGGAGUGUAUGAAGAGGAUGAAGAGGAAGAAGAGACAGAGUCAAAUCCAUUAGCUAUGAGCUAUGAACACACUCGCAGGUGUAUAGAGGAGGAGGGCUCUCUCUUGGACCUGGAAGGUCUUCCCAGCUUUCCUAAGAGCCUGGAUGGGUUACGUAAAGCAGCCAGUGAUGAGCAACCCUUUGAUGUUAAAGACAUAUUUAACACUUCACUAGAGUCAGAGGCAUUGAAAGAAACGUUGUACAGGCAGGCUAAAACCCAGGCUUAUGCAAUGAUGCUGUCUCUCUCGGAGAACAACCCUUUGCACGUGCCCUCCCAGAACUCUCUGGAUGCUUGGCUGAGCAUGGGAGGUGGACCGUCUGAGACGAGCAGCUUUCACCCACUCAACCACAUCUAGAUGAGAGCGAGGGAGAGAAGGUGGGAGGAUGAACUGGAGGACCAUUAGUAUUGCAAAUGGAUAGAAAAAAGUGAGAAGACAUAGAGGCCCAGAGAAGAAUUCAGUGUCACAUUCAUUCAAGAUAGAAAGAAUGUGUGUGUGUGCACGCACGUGGGUGUGUGUCAGUGAGAGCGACUGUCCCCAGUUGAGGGGUCUCGCAAAGACUCUGUCAAAGAGAAAGCACUGCUAAGCUCCUGUUGAUGUGAAGGACAUAAAUGCUUCUCAACAGCAUUUGAAAGUCUGCAUUACUCUGAUCCUCCCCCAAGUCCACAAGGCUCACUCCAGCACCACAGAGACCCUGCAUAAGGCUCUGAUAAAGACACUUAAUGACUAGUAUGUCUCUAAAGUCUGUGUACACCACCUACUUCAAGCACUGCAGCAACAGCACUGCAUUAGCACUGCAUGUCCACAAGGUGGUGCCGUUUUACCAGGAACAUAGUGGAUGUGCACUAUGAUUUCCAGGUUUCCCCCAUCAAUCAUGGGUGACCCAUUUACUGAUCUCAUGUCAGUUUUAACUGCAGAAUCUACAACAGCACCACAUUAAAUGUUACUUGAGGAAAUGACAGUUCCAGUAGACUGUUGAUUUUUUUUAAUGAUUACAGAGGAUGAUGUUCAGUGACUAAAUGUGCACAGCAAUUGGUGAUUUUAAUCUAUCUGAGACACUAGCUUUUUAAAAUUGUUACCCUGUUUGAUCUUGCUGAAAAUGAAUUUAAAUCAAUCAAAAAAAAUGAGGAAACUUUUUUUCUGCUUGUUUUUCCAUCAUCAUUUUUACUUUCUUUCCUCUUAGAUACCACAGUAUUGCUUCUUUGUAGGCACCACAAUGCUAAAUUGUUAAUAUAAUUAUUUUAGAGAAGGACCAAAAUUGUAUGAUACUGUCAUAUGAUGUACAAAAUAACCUAGAUGUUCAUAGUAUGAGUGGUAUGUGCCAAAUAACCCAUAGUAAAGGUUUUGUUCUCUGACAAUCAUUUCAUUUCCAAGGGGCUUGCAUUUGCUGUGCUGUCAUAGAUUUUUUUUUCUUAUUACACUCUUAUAUAUUUGAUUUCAGACAUGUGUGUAUGUAUUUAUUUUUGGUUGUUUUGUCAUGACUGGAGGAGUGAAAAUGAAAAGUCAUUUUAUCCCUCUUUUCUUGUUGCUGAAGGAAUGAACGCCUAUCAGAACAUGAGGGAGAUUCUGAAUCUCUGGUUUUGAUGCGUUAGUGUGCCAAAAUGAAAGAACCCAUGAAAUUAACUUUUUAUUUAUAGUAAAAGAUAGCUGUAGUUAGUUUUAGAUUCUAUUUGACAUUGUUACAUCCUGCAGUGUUUGUUUUUUUUUCCCCAGGUCAAUUAUUUUACCCAGUAUGCUGAACAUGUCUUGUUAAAAUUGACUGAAAUAUUGGGGUUGGGUGGGCGAGGGGCGACUUAGACGGCUUUCAUUAUGAAUGUCAGAAAAGGGCAUUACAUUGUCAUGCUAUUGAAUCUGACUUGUUUUUAUCACAUCAAGCUCCUCUCUCGAUCCUUUUUUAUUAAUUAGAUUUACUGUAUCCAACAAAUACUCUUUUUAAAAUUAGGUGUCCUACAUUACAUGGUUCAAAAGUCUUAAAAAUACGGUCGCAGCUGCAUGAACAUCUGGUCUUUUCUGCAAUGAUGUAACAGACUUGCAAGUCAUGCAAGAAGGAAGGCAAGGACUCAUGAACUAAAAAAGACAGUUAAUUAAAGCAUCACUAGUAUUAACAUGGACAUUGUCUUUCUGCUGGUCAGUCCUUCCAACACAUUAAAAAAUGUCUAGUUGAUUCUGGAUGGGGAAAACUGAAACACCUGAUCACGAGUUUAACUUUACAAACAUAUUCCCUGUUCUCCAUCCUGAAAACGCAUUCCAUGCGGUCUACAAGGUAGCUGUGCAUGGAGGGCAUGAGUCAUUUACUGUAGAUAACUGUAGAUAGCUGCAGGAGGCAGGGGGGUGAGCAUUGUUGAUCAUUGUUGCCUUGGUCCUUCCUGUGUACUGGGACUUUCAGAACUCUGCCUGAUGCUGUAUUUUCAAACUAGCACUUAAACCAUAUGGGUCCAAGCCAUAAAUUGAUCAGGCUUAAUUCUCUAGAACACAGAUACAUUUCCAGACUAGUUUCACUGUCAGUAGAUGAGAAACUUGUGCUUGACAUGGAGAAAUAAGAAAAAUCUGUAACGGAAGCACUGUAAUUUUUCUUCAUGACAGCAGGUGGUGGUGUGAUGGUCAGACUGCCGCAUCAUCUCAUUUUUCUAAAGACAGAAGUCAUUUUUAUGAUUCUACUGAAUGAGAUUUCAUUCACAAAAACACAUUUGUUUCCAACAUGUGGUUAUAAAAUAUAAAGACUUGGUCACUAAGAUUUUAAGUUGACUAUAUGUAGUAAUUCAUGUCAUGGACUACUGUACGUAUGCGCUGUGUAAAGCAAAGGAACUGAAGGCAUUGAAGUAUUCCAUUUUGCCAACUUCAGAAAGUAUUCUGGCAGAUGGUCACUGAAAUAUAUUUCAACUGAACAUGGUUGCUGUUUCCCCCCCACUGUUACAGGAGAAGAUAAAAAUAUACAUAUUGUUUCUUUUUAACUGUAUAGUAUUUUAAAGAAUGAAAAACAAUGGUGCAUUUGUCUGAAGAAAAAAAAAUCAAUGAAAAAUAUGGGUUUAAAUGGAUGGUGCUUGUUUUGUUUGAAUCUGAGUUGUAUAUCGCCUCUGUUAUGUUUAUUGAAAAACAAAAAAAGAUAUUGUGCAUGACGUGUUUAGCAGUCAUAAUGAUGUCCAUUUGUGAAAUGUGUAUCAAAUCAAAAAAUUUGAAAAAAAGAAAAGAAAAAAAUAAAUCCGUAGAUGCACUUACUGUACAUGUGGUUAGGUUAGCAGGUUUGACUUCAAGUUCUUGACUGCCUUACAGAUGUUUGGGCAGGUGGCUCUGAAAGACAUAGAAAAGACUUGUGGGAGAAGACAUCAAGAAAACAAAGGAUUGUAGAAUAAUAUUGAACAAUUCUGAAAUUGCAGUUCUUUUGAUGCUUGUGAUUAUUGAAGAUGUUCUUUAGAGAAAUUUCAUUGAAAAGAUAUGACUGAUGUUAAUUCUGUAGAAUAGCAAUGUAUACCAAAUGUAAUCUUUCCAAUGCUAUGAAGAAUUUAUACAUGAAAUUGAUAUGCA